CCUCGCUGUACACAGGGUGUCUGUCACCGAGCAGCGGGCAGCCGGCAGGCAAUGCGAUGAUAGUAGCUGCUGCUGCCCCUGCGCCGCCAGUUCCAGCACCGCCGGGCAAACCGCCCUUUUCUCUCUCCUCCUCCAGCUCCUCCUUCUCCCUCCGCCGCCGCUCCUUCAGCUUGUGGUUCUCAAACGGCAACGCGCAUGGAAGAGACAGCGCCACCGCCACCACGAGCAGCAGGGCGACGAGGAGGUGGUGGUGGUCCGAUCCCGGCGGCAGCCGAGAAGACUACGGCUCCUCUUCUCUAGAGGAGGAGGACGUUUACGAUUACGAGGAUGAGGCUGCGUUCCCCAGAUUUGGAGGGGCCGCGGAACUGUUCGAUGAGCCCUGGUUCUCCAAGGUAUAUAAGACUUACGGAAUCCUGCUACCGUUGAUGCUUGCGUCCAUGCUUGCUGCGACAGGGCCAAAGGCCUUUCUAAUGGCCAUGGUGAUCCCACUCAGUCAGUCGGCCAUAUCGUUUCUGCUUGACGCUGUAUGGGGAAGGAGGAAAGGCAACCGCGACGACAGGAGGAGACCAUUCCAAGAGGAAGAUUACCCUGAGGACGCCGCUGGCUUUGCGGCAGGUGGUCGAGGCAAUGGAUACCGCAGCCGCAGCAGCAGCAGCAGCAACUAUUAUGAGGGGAGAAGGAGGACGAGCAACUACCAGUCAAGUGUUUCUAACAAUUUUGCUGGUGCUGCCUCAACUGGUGUUGGAGCUGACGAUAACACCAAGAGCAGCAGCAGUGGAUAUGGAGGAUGGGAUGAGCUUCUGGACAACGACACUGCUGCUCAGGAGACAAAGAGGAGGAGCUCAUUCUCAGCUGGCACCACUGAUCGAAGCACAAAAUCGCAGCCUUCAGCGACUGGGGAGGAAGAUGCAGAUUAUACUGCCACUCCUUCAACAAGAACGAGAAUGAGACGACGGCGGACGCCAGGAACGAUGGGGUUGGGCAGUACCAUGUACAAGCAGGCACCACUCGUGAUGCGCUUGUUGGUGGCAGUCUUCCCGUUCCUGGGAUCAUGGUUCAGGCUGCUCUGAAUUGAUUGUUAUAUAUUCGUCCACGGUGGUUCGUUUAUGAUUUCAGAAAAAAAAAGAUAUAUAUAUAUAAGUGGCCAGUGGCAUUAAGCAAAGGAUUAUGAUUGUGAAAAAUAUAUAAGCGUAGUGAAGAAGAUCGAUUGGUUCAGGCAGUGUGCCUGCAGCAUCAGCUCUGUACUGCUGCAUCCGCCAUUGCGAAGGGAAAGAAUCACAGCAUCUGACUUGCUGGUGCAUGUGUGAACCUUUGCUUCCUCGCGCUUGUGCAGCUGAUAAUAUGUUUGUGGUCUCGGUGAACAUUAACUAAUUGUGUAAGUGGCCAGCGUAGUGUUGUGUUGCUUGUGUGUGUGGUGUAAGUGAUGUUGGGUUCUUGCACCCAUUCUUCCUUUUUAAUAUAAUGAUGAUACA